AGCUUUGAUUUUUGUAAUUCUUGAGGCUGUGUCAGGUUCGACCCACAAGUGAAACCAUUGUCAAUCACAUGUUUACCAAAUGGAUCCAAAGUUAUCGUGAUCUCCCUCUCUUGAUUAAUCAGUGGGCAAAUGUCACAAGAUGGGAGAUGCGCACAAAACCAUUUGUUAGGACUCUUGAGUUUCUUUGGCAAGAGGGCCACACUGCUCAUGCAACUCCUGAAGAGGCAGAAAAUGAGGCUAUACAGAUGAUUGACAUCUAUACCAAAUUUGCUUAUGAGCAAGCUGCAAUACCUGUUAUUGCAGGUCGAAAAUCUAAAGUAGAAACAUUCGCUGGAGCUAAUAAGACCUAUACAAUUGAGGCCAUGAUGGGUGACAGGAAAGCAUUGCAAGCCGGAACCAGCCACAACCUUGGCCAGAACUUUUCUCGUGCCUUUGGAACACAGUUUUUAGAUGAGACUGGACAAAUGCAGCAUGUUUGGCAGACAUCAUGGGCAAUUAGUACACGUUUUGUUGGAGGCAUUAUCAUGACCCAUGGAGAUGAUGCCGGCCUAAUGCUUCCUCCAAAGCUUGCUCCGAUACAGGUGGUAAUUGUACCUAUUUGGAAGAAGGAUGAAGAGAAAGUGGCUGUUCUAAAUGCAGCAUCUUCUGUAAAAGAAGUUCUUCGUACGGCAGGUAUUAAAGUUAAACUAGAUGACUCAGAGCAAAGAACUCCUGGAUGGAAAUUCAAUUUCUGGGAAAUGAAGGGUGUUCCUCUUAGAAUUGAAAUUGGUCCUCGUGAUGUGUCUAGUGAGAGUGUGGUGAUAUCCAGGAGAGAUGUUCCUGGGAAGCAGGGGAAAGUGUUUGGAAUCUCUAUGGAGCCUUCUAUUUUGGUGGCUUUUGUGAAAGACAGGUUGCAUGAAAUACAGUCCUCUCUUUUGGAGAGGGCCAUAGCAUUUCGUGACAGCAAUAUUGUAGAUGUGAACUCAUAUGAUGAUCUUAAAGUAGCAAUAUCACAAGGCAAAUGGGCUAGGGGUCCUUGGUCUGCUACCAAUGAAGAUGAGUUAAAAGUAAAGGAGGAAACAGGAGCAACCAUUAGGUGCUUUCCUUUUGAACAACCCCAAGGGAUCAAAAGAUGCUUCAUGACUGGAGAUCCUGCCGAAGAAGUAGCAAUUUUUGCCAAAUCUUACUAAUUCCCAAGUAUAUUAUCCUGCAGAUGGGGCUUGUAGUCAAAUUCUUGGUUUGAAUCGUACAUUUUUUGGUAAGUCAGUUGUGUUGUACAACAUAGACAACUUAUUACAGAACAUUUAACUGAUCAACUGUAGCUUUUUAUUGUUAGUUGUCAUAAUGGAGUUACAAUUGUCAAAUUUUGUAAGGAAUAUUUAUGACUUGCAGUUUUGAUGAUACCUAUGUGAUUUCUUGAUAUUAUCCUAAAUUUGUUAAGAUGAUAUGAGUUAA